GAGAGAGAGAGAGAGAGAGAGAGAGAGAGAGAGAGAGAGAGAGAGAGAAAAAGAGAGAGAGAGUAGUUUGGUUUGAUAUUAUACAGACUCCUACCACGUACUGUACGUUACUUUUUUUUCUUUCCCGGCGCCGUCUUCUGCUAAGUUGCGCUCCUGGAUUUUAAGUGCGUCUCAGCGAACUCCGUCCCCCCCCAUCAGGCAGCGGCUUCACUCUUCCUGUCAAACAGCCGGGCCAAACAACCGGCGGACCCGCUUGUUGUUUCUUUCUCCUCACCCCGAAGAAGAUUUCAUACCAAACAAAAGUUACUUGGUUUCCUAGUGGAGCACAGGGACCAGAGGAGGGGAAAAAAAGGAAAAUCAGAAGGUCGAAUCUAUGAAGGACAUCCUUGUUGAAGUGUGCAACCUUCUACUUCUCUGCAAAUUACCCACACACUGUGCAUAGACUGAAAGCCGAGUGGCGGCACUCUUUUCAACUCGGCAAGGCUGCGACCGAUCGGCUCCAGGCAAAGCUGUAAUGGUGUCCCAGUGGCAGAAAGAGGUACAGAUGCUGGAAUCUUUGAGGUGAUUGGAACAAAUAGAAAGAAGAAAAAAGCUAGAUAAGAGAUAGCAGGAGUGCAAGAGUGAAGAGAAAGAGGAGCGAAAAGAAGAAUAGAGGAGAGACAGAGAGUGAGAGAAAAGAAAGAAGAAAGCUUUGAGUUAUUCAGAAAGAGAAGAAAAAGAAAGAGACGGGGACGAUGGGGAGGAAAAAGAUUCAGAUCACGCGGAUUAUGGAUGAACGCAACAGACAGGUGACAUUUACAAAGCGAAAGUUUGGCCUGAUGAAGAAGGCAUAUGAGCUGAGCGUGCUGUGUGACUGCGAGAUUGCCCUGAUCAUCUUCAACAGCACUAACAAGCUGUUCCAGUAUGCCAGCACAGACAUGGACAAGGUCCUCCUUAAAUACACUGAGUACAACGAGCCCCACGAGAGCAGAACCAACUCUGAUAUUGUGGAGACGUUGAGAAAGAAGGGCCUAAACGGCUGUGACAGCCCAGACCCAGACGCAGACGACUCGGUGGGCCACAGCCCCGAGUCCGAGGACAAGUACAGGAAAAUAAACGAGGACAUUGAUCUGAUGAUCAGCAGACAGAGACUGUGUGCAUUGAACAAGAAGGAGAACAAGGGCAGUGAGAGCCCGGAGCUCGAGUCUGCUCUCAUCCUCACCCCACGCACUGAGGAGAAAUACAAACAGAUUAAUGAGGAGUUUGAUCACAUGAUAAAAACUCAUAAGAUCCCUCAGGCUGUGCCCCCAUCGAACUACGACAUGCCCGUCUCUAUCCCCACAAGCAACCAGAACAAUUUAAUCUACAGCCAUCCCGGUGGGUCCCUAGGCAACCACAAUCUGUUGCCACUAGCGCACCAUGGUCUACAGAGAAACAGCAUGUCUCCAGGCGUGACACAUAGACCCCCCAGUGCAGGUGGCCUCAUGGGUGCUGACCUCACCACUGGUGCAGGCACCAGUGCUGGAAAUGGCUACGGGAACCACCGCAACUCUCCUGGCCUGCUAGUUUCCUCAGGUGGAAUGAACAAGAACAUGCAGGCAAAGUCCCCCCCACCCAUGAACCUGGGCAUGAACAACCGCAAACCUGACCUACGCGUGCUCAUCCCCCCUGGGGCCAAGAACAACAUGCCCUCCAUUUCUGAGGAUGUUGACCUGCUGUUGAACCAGAGAAUUAACAACUCGCAGUCUGCUCAGUCGCUGGCCACUCCUGUGGUUUCAGUAGCAACUCCCACUCUACCAGGACAAGGCAUGGGCGGCUACCCAUCUGCCAUCUCUACCUCUUAUGGUACCGAGUAUUCCCUGAACAGCGCAGACCUGUCCUCGUUGUCUGGCUUCAACAGUGGCAGCUCCCUGCACCUCGGCUCCAUGAGUGGCUGGCAGCAGCAACAUCUUCAGAACAUGCAGCAUUCGGCCCUCAGCCAGCUCGGAAAUUGCUCUAGCUCUCACUUAUGUCAGGGUUCAAAUCUAUCCCUGCCCUCUGCUCAAAGCCUGCACAUCAAGUCCGAACCUGUUUCUCCUCCUAGAGAUCGCACCAGCAGCACACCAGGGGGCUACGGCGGCGGGGUGCCACCCAGUCAGAACCCCCAGUCCCGCCAGGACUCGGGACGCUCCCCCGUCGAUAGCCUGAGCAGUUGUAGCAGCUCCCACGAGGGCAGUGACCGCGACGAGCACAGGAACGAGUUCCACUCGCCCCUAGGACUGGCCCGGCCUGCCCUGGACGAGCGAGAGAGCCCCUCCAUCAAACGGGUGCGGUUGUCAGAGGGAUGGGCGACAUGAUAGCUCUGCCGACACUCCUGGCUGUGCCCCAAGUUGCCCGGAGACCCUGACAAUGCAGCAUUUCGAUGCCCCCAAAGUCAGCUCCCAUCUCCUUGUCACGCACCACCCGAUCCCACAGCCUCUCUCCUUUUAUCUCUUUAAAGAUGAAGGAAAGAAAAGGGACAACCCUUUUCAAAAAAUGUUUUGUAAUUUCUUUUUUCUUUUUAAUUAUUAUUAUUUACUUCUUUUUGUUGAGUGUGUGCGCGUGUGUGCGUAUGUGUGUGUGUGUGCUUUACUUAUUGACAUUAUAUAAACCAGUGAGGGUGUUGUAAUGGGCUUUUGGGGGGCGGGAGGGUGUUGGUUUGGAUGGGGGAUUUUUGCUGGGGAACUAUGCAUAAAAUGUAUUGAGUGUGGAUAAAAGAAUCACAUGCAUAUAUCUCUACACGUAUUUAUGUGUACAUAUAUGCAUAUCAUCAUAUAAAAAGAAGUAGUCAGGUACUCCGUCUCAUAAAACAACGUACUUACAAUUUGCCUCAGUGAUGUAUCAUUAACUAGAAACAAAAGAAUUAAUUAAAAAAAAACAAACAAAAAAAAAAAACAAUAACAUGAGAGUGAGUGUGUCCAGUGGGAGGGGGGGGGAAAAAAAAAAAAAAAAACACCUUGCACUUGAGUUGGACAAAAAGUACGUGUGUACAGUAUCAGUUUCAUUGCUUAUAUUCCUUCUCCGCAGUCCUCCCUUGCAAAAACGUGUUAACAUUAGAUGAUGUCAUGUUGCAGGUUCAACGUAUUUAUGUAAAUAGUGGAUUAACAGGUGUGGGGGUGAGGGGGGGGUUGUUGCAGGCAAGGGGUUAAAAAGUUGCCAGACAUUUCAAGAUUUAUGAACUCAAUAAAUGAAAAAGCUAUUAUGCAACAUUUGAAGGAUUGUACAGGUAAACAUGCAGGAACCCAAUGCUAGGUGUUGAUUUGUUUUUGUUUUGGACUCCGGUUAGAGGACGGAGUGAGGACCAUCCUUCGAUCUAAGAGCUGCAUUGGUGUAAUCAUGAAAACUCGGGUUCUAGUAUUAACUUCUCAGUAUUGAUGAACAAAAAGAAAAAAAAAAUGACAAAAAAAA